AUGGCGUUGCCACACGUUGGGGCGCGACAGUUGGAAAUGUUUUUACCGAAAGUUAACGAGCACAACAGGUUGGAAUUGGAUCUUCUAGAUGCACACUUGUUUGCAUUUCCUGAAGAAAUAUGUGAGACGAGCGGACUGGAGGUAUUGAAACUUUGUACAGACCACAUACACUCUAUACCCGAAGGCAUUGCCAAACUGAGGAAACUAGAAGAACUUCAUUUGCAUACAAGUGAUUACCACAAUUCCAGAACUUCCUACUUCUCAUGGCGGCUUGCAGCCAUUGGUGUCCAGGAGGUCCCAACUGUUGUUUCUCUUCUUCCAUGUCUCAAGGUUUUGUCUGUGUGUGGUAACCGUGGCAAUCCAUUGCUGUUUGAUGAGCUAAUGUCAUGUCAACUGCCCAGUACUCUUGUGGAAGUGGAAAUGGUGGCAUGUGGUUUGACACAAGCAACUUUGUCUAUGAUCUGCAACAAUGUGAAACUGUGCAAAGUGAAUUUAGCACGCAACUAUCUGCAGUCUUUCAAAUAUUGCAACACAGAGAUGAUAAGAGAGGCAACAGUCUUGAAUGAUCUAGAAGAGCUGAAUUUGCUAUAUUUGGCCAAAUGUGCUUAUUUGAUGUCAUAUGGGGAAGAUGUGAGAGAAGUUUUGUACAGUUUGGGAGCUGGGAUGGCAAAGCAAAGGCUAAUUUUGGAGGGAAGCGUGAGUAGUGGAGGGGAGUAUUGUGAAGUCAAAAUUGAGCAAGUCGACAUAUCAGGAACUUCAGUCACUCAUCUUCCUAAGGAAUUUGUCUUUAGCUCCAAACUUAUGACAUUGAGCGUUAAUGGAUGCCCAUUAGUGUUUCCACCCAUUGAAGUGUGCAAGCAAGGCAUUCGUGUUAUAAGAGAAUAUUUCCGUGAGCUGGAUAAGGUGGGUGGAGUGCGACGUGGCAGAAUAAAGAUUCUAGUGAUGGGAACUACAAUGGCAGGAAAAACAAGCUUCGUUGAAGCACUGGAGAGUGGUAAACCAUUUCUGGCAGAAGCCGAUAAGAGAACUAUAGGGGUAGUAGAAAAAGUGAUGAAGCUGGAUGAUAAAAUAGAAUGCAAACUCCUUGACAGUGGUGGCCAUAGAGCGUACAUGCUAACUAACCAGCUGUUCAUCAGUGACAAUUCAUUGGUAUUGAUUGUUGUUGACAGCAAUCAGUAUAAGUUUACUGAACAAUGUUUUCAACAAAAUAUUGCAGAUUUCCUGCAAGUUGUGUAUGACAGAAACAGCAGAGCUCACAUUGCUAUUGUUGUGAGUAAAGUUGAUCUGAUGGUCGACACGUCAAGAGAAGAAAUGAGUAGAAAGUGGAGUGAACAUCUGCACACUCAUCUACGUCAAUUCUUGAAGAUCAGACAAGCUGAGAUUGAUCGAAUGAAACGAAUCAUUGCAACUGGUGGUUCUCCAAAGAACAAAUACGUAUCAGAACGUCUUCACUUUUUGGACUUUCAGCGAAUAACUGUUGAAGAAAAUGUGCUAUUGACGAGUGCAGCUACACACGAGGGUGUGGUCAGUGUGAAGGUUCAUUUAAGAGAACUGUGUGGUAAUGAAAGGCUGAUGCCUUCACUGCACACAGAGCUGCCGUCGUCAUGGGUAACUGUAGAAGACAAGUUGAUUAGACGACAACCUGACACGUCUGUCCCCAUUCUAGAUGUCUCUUAUGCAAUGCGACUGUGUGUAGAGCACGGACUGACAGAAGAAAGCUGUCGUGAGUUGCUAAACUACCUGAACCAGGUAGGAAGCAUUCUGUAUUACUCUCAUGACCCGACUUUAGCAGAAGUUCUCUUUCCUGUACCACCAUUUGUGGUCACUUUACUUAAGGCUGUUUUCAGACAUGAUCACGAAUCUUUAGAAUAUGAUGAUCGGUUUAUUGGGCAUAUCUAUGCUGCUGGCACUGUGGAGUGA